UACAAGUGAAACUACACAGUACUUCCGCUUUUAGCCAGAGCCGUGCAGGCUGUGGGUAACAAUUAUUAUAAAAGGUCGAAACAGUCAUAACAGCCAUAAUGACAGCGGAGAGAAGUGCGGGGACAGUUUCCGCUAUAAAGGCUUUGGGGUACCCAAACAGCUCAUGUAUCAGUAGAUGUACCUGUGACGAGCUGCCGUGUCCGCUGCUCACCUGGCUGGCUACAGAGCUGUGUGCUGCCUGUCCGGACCUACCAGACAGGAGAGGUGAACUCCUGCUGGUCGGAGAGCUGAGAGAUCUCCUGGCCAAGAUGCUCUCUCCCCUCACUGAGCUGACCUCAGAUGUGCUGGGGCCGCCCCUCCUCAACAAAGUCACUGAAUUCCUUGUGUCAGAAUUGCAAGCAGCACACAUACUCAAGUAUAAGGAAUUGCAUCCUGAGGAUAAAACCGUAAGAGAGGAGUCUGAAAAAGAGCAAAGAGUGGACGAUCACAGCCAUGACCAGACUGAAUUUUUCCAGGAAUAUGAAGGUGGCGAUGUUUCCGACACAAACAGAAAGACGGCAGAGACACAGGUGGAGUUUACAUCGUUGCUUCAGGCCCUUGAUCUCAGUGCCUCCUCUCAGUUUCCAGAUGUGCUGCAUGAGGUGGAGUCAAGACUUGCUUGUCUGCCAAGUGGAGAUAUGACCGAGCCACUUCUAAACACCAGUCUGAGCUCAGAGCAGUGGGGGAAAGUCGAAAAGAUAAAUCAGCUUCUGUCAGAGGACUAUCAGUGUCGGCGACAAAUGAUAAUCAAACGCUUUCAAGUUACACUUGAAUCCUUUGCAUGGGGAGAUAAAGAAAAGGAGCACCGUGAGACACUUGCCUCAGUGCCUCCUCUCGCAUCCCUCGCCUCCUCCACCCAGGUGUCCCUGUCACUCCUGCUCGCUGCGAGGAAGGAUCAGUCCAACAUCCUGCCUGUCAGACCUGGACCGAGCACUGCAGUUUACAAGGUGUUGAUGGGCAGCGUGCCAGACAGAGGAGGACGUCCCGGGGAAAUCGAGCCCCCCAUGCCGUUGUGGGAAGGCCGAAGAGAGCAGGGGAAGCGAUCAGGGCGAGGAGGUGGACGUCAUCAGCGACAGAAAUUUUCAGGAAAAAAGAAGAAGGGGAAGAAAGAAUAAUGUCUUUCUCUCUGGCUUUAGUGAUUAAUAGGGAAAGAACUGAUUUUUCUAUGGUGUCUGCUUUUUGUUUUUGUUAUUUUUAAUUCCCCAUUAGAAACUAAACAGGGACGAGGUAUCAAAUACCACAAAAGCUAUAGCUUUAAAGUUGUGAUUUUUUUUUUUAAUGUGUAAUUCUUAACCAGCACAAUAGCAUGUAUAGUACGAUAACACAAUACUCAAGUAAAUACUUGAACAUACUUAUUUCUCAAAUUAAUGUGCAGUCACUGCUUUUCAGUCUGUUUUCCAAUAUUUUUGUUUACAUAAAUAGAACAUAAAAUAUUUAUUUUGUGACAGAUAUUCUCAUUUUGUGAUUAUGUACAUCUGCCGAUGGGUUUAUACACUAUUCUUGAUUGAAUAAAGCUACUCAGAGUGGAC